AUGGAGACUCCAGUGACGUCCAAAAGCUCCGUGCUGUAUGCCAAUCUUGGAGCCAUCCCGCCGAAGAUCGAAUCCGCCAAUGGUAACUAUCUAUACCUCGAGGAUGGCAGGCAAAUCUUCGAUGCUUCUGGCGGUGCCGCAGUGGCAUGCAUCGGACACAACAACGCAAGAGUCAAGAAGGCAGUAGCAGACCAACUUGACAAGAUCUCCUACUGUUUCUCGCCAUGGUUUUCAACAGCGGCCUACGAGAAUCUAAGCCAAUAUCUUACAGCAUCAACGAACGGCGAGAUGGAGAGAGUGUUCGUCGUGGGAUCAGGGGCUGAGGCAGUUGAAGCCGCUGUCAAAAUGGCCAGACAGUACUAUCUGGAGCUUCCCACGCCACAGCCACAGCGGACUCGAUUCAUUGCAAGGGACCGCUCAUAUCAUGGUAAUACCAUUGGUUCGCUGUCGUUGUCUGGUCACAAGGCCCGAAGAAUGCCUUUCGAGCCGAUCCUGUCUCAGCAGUUCUCUCACGUCUCGCCAUGUUACCCAUAUAGGGGUAAGCUGGAACGAGAGAACGACGAGCAGUAUGUAGCUCGACUGGCACAAGAGGUCGAAGAGGAGUUCCAGCGAGUCGGGCCAGAUACUGUCUGUGGUUUUGUGGCGGAGACUGUGGCCGGUCUGACAUUGGGUGGAGUAGUCGCCGUCCCAGGCUACAUGAAAGCCAUGAAAGCUGUAUGUGAUCGCCACGGGGCGCUGUUCAUCCUAGACGAAGUGAUGGCCGGCAUGGGACGUACAGGAACGUUGCAUGCCUGGGAGCAAGAAGAUGUCGUACCUCAUCUCCAAACCGUAGCCAAAGGACUUGGUGCAGGCUACGCGGCUAUUGGUGCGCUUCUCGUCCACAAGUCCGUUGUUGACGUCUUCACGACAGGGUCGAAAGCUUUCAUGCACUUCCAGACGUACCAUGGCCAUCCGCUCGCCUGCGCAGCUGCGUACGAAGUACAGCAAGUGAUCAAGGAUGAGGAUCUUGUAGCCAACUGCGCCAAAAUGGGCAAGUAUUUGGGCCAGCUACUACAGGAACGACUUGGAGCUCAUCCAAACGUUGGCAACAUCCGCGGAAGAGGCUUACUGUGGGGUGUCGAGCUGGUGAAAGAUAAGAAGACGAAGGAACCCUACCCUGCCCAAGACAAGGUGGCGCCCUCGAUCCAUGCUGCAGGUUUGAACAACUUUGGCGUCAGUCUCAUCCCCGGCGGAGGAGUUGCGGAUGGUACGAACGGUGACGUGGUGGUCAUCACGCCUGCAUACAAUAUCACGGAGAAGGAUGCAGGAUUCAUUGUGGAGAGAGCUGCUAGGGCCAUUGAGCAUGUGCUCGGGCCUGCGCAUCCUUCGAAGUUGUGA